UGGGCCAGCAUAGAAAGAGCCAAACUUGAAUCGUCAACUACCAACAACAGCGAAAUCCCAGCCGUUGAUGCACUCUCCAUUACCGCAGAGGAAAAAUCCCAGCCCUCCAUCUCUCCGUGCUUGGCACGCCCGGUUCACUCGCGUCGAUCUUCGCCCUCCUCUCUUCAUCGCUGCCUUUGAUUCUCUGCCGAUUACGGGCUCAUCUAAAAGAGGAUUGGGAGGCAUGAAUCGUAAAUGCAGAGCACCGGAUCGAACACGGAGAGUGAAGUUUAGAGAGAGAAGGCAUUCUACGGAAAAAGGGUUUUGGAGUUGAAUGUGUGAGAAAUGAUGAUGGGGGGUGGGAGUGGAGGACAUGAAGGAUCGAAAGAGAAGCCGAAAUUGGGGGACAAAGUGUACACAAGGAAGUCAUUUAAAGGGUUUAAAAGCUAUAAUAGUAAUCCGACACAAGAGCUGCAAGCUCAAGAAGCUGCAGAAGAUGAUGAAUGGUCUCAACCUCUGGUUAAUUCCCUUCCUAAUGCAGCCUUGGAAAGUUCUUCGAGUCUUAGUCGUGCAUUGGCUGCGCCUUUGGGCGGUCGUGGAGUACCAGGUGGUAAUGAAGGGGGGAAGCUUGGAGUUACAAGACAAGAAAAUAGGGUUACCAUUAGCUUGUCAAUGAAAUCAAAGCAGGAGAUGCGAGAAUUAAGGAGGAAGCUGCAGAGUGAGUUGGACACGGUUAGGAGUUUGGUGAAGAAUAUUGAGACAAAAGAGAUACAAAAGAAUGACCACAUCAUUGACAAAGCUGGAGGGGCUAAAAAGGUGCCAGCCGAGGCAGCAACAACAGUCACACCCCGUGAAUCACGGCCUUUGCAUCAGUUGAGUGUGUCGGUGUUGGAGAACAGUCAUGGUGUAAGUGAUAAUGCAGAGAAAGAGAAGAGGACACCAAAGGCAAACCAGUUCUAUCGAAAUUCAGAUUUCUUGCUUGCAAAAGAUAAGAUUCCACCUGCGGAAAGUAACAAAAAAACAAAAUCAAAUGUGAAAAAAGUGGGAGGGGUGGAAUCAGGAUAUAGUUUUGGCUUGGGAAAGUCCUCAAAUCAAGUGUUCAAGAAUUGUUGUGCAUUGCUGGAAAGAUUAAUGAAGCAUAAGCAUGGCUGGGUUUUUAACAAACCGGUUGAUACUGUUGGUCUUGAUUUACAUGACUAUUUUGACAUCAUUAAGCAUCCAAUGGAUCUUGGUACAGUGAAAUCUAGGAUGGAUAGUAAUUGGUAUAAAUCUCCUAGAGAAUUUGCAGAGGAUGUGAGACUUACAUUUCAGAAUGCUAUGACGUAUAAUCCAAAGGGGCAAGAUGUUCAUGUAAUGGCUGAGCAGCUCUUGCAGAUAUUUGAAAACAAAUGGCCUGCUAUAGAGGCUGAUUAUAUGCGGGAGUUGAGACUUGCAGCGGAUUAUGAUGUGGGUUUACCUACUCCUACAUCUCGGAAGGGUCCUAAAUUGCCAAACCCUGAAAUGAGAAAAAAAUUCGGCAGGUCUGAAUCCAUGACCCUCCCCACAGAUCCAAAAUCGAAACCCAUGAAUCCCCCCCACACAGGGAGAACCCCUGCCCCAAAGAAGCCAAAGGCAAAAGAUCCCAAUAAAAGGGAUAUGACAUACGAUGAAAAGCAAAAACUUAGCAUGAACCUACAAAAUUUACCUUCUGAAAAGCUUGAGAAUGUAGUGCAAAUUAUAAAAAAGAGGAACUCUUCUCUCAGCCAACAUGAUGAUGAGAUUGAAGUGGAUAUUGAUAGUGUUGAUACAGAAACACUUUGGGAGCUCGAUAGGUUUGUAACUAACUACAAGAAGAGUUUGAGCAAGAACAAAAGAAAAGCUGAAAAGCCUGAACUUGCCACUCAACCUAUAAAGGAAAUUGAGCAGAAUGUUCGGGAGAAGAAAAAUCCCCCAGUUGUGGUAGAAACUACAACUGAAGCUCUAAACAAAGCUCCAACAGAAAGCAAAGCAGAAGGAAAGGACAUUUCUUCUGCUCCUGCUGAAGAGGAAAAGCUAGAGAAUAAUGCAGCUAAAUCAAGCAGCUCUAGUACAGAUUCAGGAUCUUCAUCAAGUGAUUCUCAUAGUGAAAGCUCUUCAGAAGGUGAAUCUGAUACAGAACAUUCACCAAGGAGUUGAACUGGUUGCCCAGAUCCCGCCAUGUCAGCAGUGACGAAGAAUAUGGCGAUCUCUUAUCAAGAUUCUUGGCUUCAGCAAAGUGUAUCAUAUAUCUUUUAAGACUGGGUGCUUUAGGUUUUUGGUUUUAGAUGCUCACUGUUUCAUGGAUAUGUAUAAUAAUAAUGUAGGUAGUACUGUAAUGUGUAAGCUCUGUGCAUUGCUAACCACAGCAUAUCCAGGGAGCUGGAUUUCCCCCCACUGACGUGCAAGUCAAAUUCUUGAAUGUUGCAAUAUUUGUAAUGAUGAUUUGUGUAAAUGAAUGAAACACCUUCUGUUGGGGUCCAUUUCUGUGUUAGCUAA